UAAUAAAAGGUUGUCAGACAAUAUCUAAUACAGUGUCAAUUUCAAAUCCAACUGAUUAACAAGGCAAUUGGUUUCUGAAAAACAAUGAAUUUAUUUAACGCUUUGUUUUUCUUAUUUGUGUCAACAACUUUUUACAAAACAGUUUUCGCAAUUAUUGAUGGACAGUUGGUCGGCAAUAUCGAACAUUAUAAGUACAUGGUGGGAUUUCAAUUGAAUAUAGAUCAAAAUCACAGCAGCCACUUUUGUUCUGGAAUCAUUAUUUCGGAGCGUAAAAUUUUAAGCGUUGCACAUUGCUUACAUCAAGGAAAUUCAUUUACAUUAAAAUUUGGUGCGCUUAAAUUAGAUAAGCCUCAUUAUACCUUGGAUAUCACCAACAAAGAUUUUACAAUUCAUCCUGAAUACAGCGGUGGUGAUCCUUAUCACAAUGAUAUAGCUGUAGUUGAAUUAGAAACACCUCUGAUCUUUGGUCCAAAGAUUGGUAAAAUUAAUAUGAUUGACUAUCGAAUUAUUGAUAAAAAUUAUGCGUCAGAGGGGGGUAACACUGUCACUAUGCUUGGCUAUACGGAAUCUGAUGGUCGUGAUCGGAAUAUGACCGUCAGUCCUUUGAAAUCUAUUGAUGCAACAACCGCCGAGUUUUUUCAAUGCCAAACAUUAGUAUAUGAACAACAUAUGGAUCGUUUGAUACAAAAAGAUCGAGAAUUUUGUGUUAAUUUACACAAAGGACAGCGACAUAAUACAAACCAAGGAGACUCGGGUGGACCUGUCAUUAUAAAGAAGAGAAAGCACUAUUUGCUUGGUCUGAUUUCAUAUGAUUUUUGGAACAUGCCUGAAAUUUGUACUUUAAUUUCUGGACACACUGAAUUUAUUGCUGAUCCCAGAUCUUAUGUGAGCAGAUAUAGCCGAAAACGAGAAGCUGUAUGGUCUAUUGAAGACGAAGGCUUAUUAAUUUGGUAAACUUCAGCUCAAACAGACAUAUAUACAUCUUUUAAUUGAGUAUUGAUACGAUUGUAAUAUUUUUUUCUUUUGAUAUCUCGUCAAAAUCAAAGUAAUAAACAAGAUGGUGUGAGCUUUAUUCAACUGUUGAUUUCAGUA